AUUUUAUUUUCUGUAAAGCAGCAUAAGAUUUGAAUCUUUUCUCUCGAUAGUCGCCACGAAUCAAGGUAGGAUAUUCUACCUCUGAUAUUCUGUGUUGGCAUCACUGGACCUUGACGCUGGACGCUGGACUGGGCCCGGAAACAGACAGUUUCUUGUGGAUCGGCGUCGUUACGCUGUGCUGCAAGCCUCUCGUGGACGUGGAUUCUUGACCGGAUCACAAUCCGUUUUUUUCGAGGAAGCCAGUGGUCCAGUUGAAAGAGUCGUCUCGUUUUUGCUGCCUUUGUCGUAUCAUGGAAGUGAUGGAAGUUAGCAAGAUGGAGUGUCUGCCGGAUGACGCUCUGGUCGCCGUGCUUCAGUUCGUCGACAAUGAAGAUAUACUUCAGUGUCGGCUCGUCUGCCGCCGCUGGCGGGACCUGGCAAGUCACCCGGGCGUGUGGCGUUAUCGUCACAUUACAGCCGAGUACCUCCACCUCUCACCGCCGUGCUGCUCUAAACUCAUUCUGGAUGAAGAAAAUCUGGUCAGUUGUGCCGUACUGGCCGCUACCACGACGACCGCGGCCGCUUCUCUGGAUCUUUUUUUCUCACCCUCCUUUGCUGACGAUGCUGAUCCCGAAAUUGAAGCAGUCCUUUGUGCACUGGUGAUACGUCACCAUGGGCUUUUAGGGCGCUUAAAGGAGGUCGGUUUCCAAGUUCACCUCUCCCAAUACUCGUUUGAGAACGCAGGUGUUAUGGAUCUCCUUGGCUCUGUGCUCAGUCUCAAGGGACUGCAAGCUCUGAACUUGAGAGUUACGGAAGGUAAAAUUGAAACACCGUUACCUUUGACUGGUCGCCUAGAUUGGAGCGUGGCACCAUCGUCUUUGCAGAAGCUGAGCUACUACGGUCCGAAGACAGGCGAGCUUCUCAAUUUUCUUUUGAGGACACACGCCUCAACUCUGCGAGAAGUCAAUCUUUAUGGCAUGAACUACUGUGACAAGGUGGUCAAGUUGUUGGCAGACAUCACCCAUCUCGACACCCUUGCCUGCCCGCUUUUGGUUGGGUUGGAGCACCUGCCUCAGCGCCAUUCUCUAAAGUGCCUUAAAAUUAACGUUCUGGUCAAGGACUCUGGGCAUGCUGCACAAACUGCCUUCUCGAGUACCCUGACUUUUCUGCAAACAGCUACCCAACUUACUCGAGUGUGCUUGAGAACGCCCUAUGUAACUGAUAGCUUGUGGACGAUGAACCUCAUCAAGGCCUUGGGGCACUCCCCCCAAUCCGCCAUCUCUUGUCUUGAAUUUGAAAUGAUGAGAACUUCCGAUGAUCAGAUGUGUGACAUCUUAAACAUUGCAUCAAAACUUCCCCUGCUCGAGAAGUUAACAGUGGGUUGUGUCUCGCCGUACAUACUGAGCGCCCUUCAACCCGGCACCAUACCUAAACUUACUGAGUUGUUAGUUGAGAGUGUACAAGGCGACUGCCCUUGUUGCAGCUGGAGAAUGGCUCGUGAUAUGAUAAAGCGAAACCCUCGCUUAAAGUUAACUGUCAAAGAUCAGCCUUAUGGUAGGACGUGCAAGGCGUGCGAGAGGAAGUGUAGAGAUGUUUAUCCGUGGUAUGAUUGCCUUUUCUCAGGACUGACUCUCGAUGUAAUCAAUAAAGGCCGUUGGAAGUUCUGUUCGCUCUCCAACGUGUAAAGUGUUACCAAAGAUAUGUUAAAAAUUGUGAAUGCCUAUAAUUUUUAUAACAACUUGGUCUUCUAAUGGGUUGCUGGUGAAAGCACGGGUCAAUUAGUAUUUUUUGACACAUUUGUUGAGAGACCUGCAAAUAAAAAUAUUUUAUUUGAUUUAUAA